AUGACAGGUCAUGUGGAGGCCGCGUACCUGGCUGCCAGGGAGCAUCUGCCACACAUGAAAGUCUGGCUGCAGGACCUUCGAUUUGAACAUCCCGUGAUUCUGGUGACUGCAGAAGAUUUCGCUCCAGAUGUAUUGCUUGAGAUUACAUCCCCUGCAAACGACUUCGUGAUAAGUUCUCGUCCCGCAGACUCGACCGCCGAAGCGGCAUGGAAGGUCUGUUCUCGUGGACGCAUCAAUGCAUUCGACCAGCGAUCGCAGACUCUCCCAGAGGCACUAGACAGCGUAAGGUCUCGAGUGCAGACCGGAACCGAGGUAGAUUGUGAAGGUUUCUACUGGAAGAUGGAACAGUCAGGUCUUCGUUAUGGUGAUGCAUUCAGAUGCGUUCAAAACAUGUGGCGGCUAGGGGACGAAAUCUUCUCCUAUGUGAAGCUCUCCUAUUCAUUGCAUGCGGAGGCAACAUGCUUUAGAUUUCACCCGGCGCUAUUGGACUCUUGCUUGCAUACGGCAUAUGCUGACCAGCACCAUCACGGCGAGUCCCGCUAUGUUUACUUACCUUACCACAUUGAUCAGCUAGAGAUUUUUGAAGCAGAGGAUGUUACAGCAGCGUUCGUACACAUACAGAUGAAGCACCACGAUGAUAUGUUCCUCCGCUCUGAUGCAUCAAUUUACGGUGAGAGUGGGCAAAUACUAGCCGUGGUAACUGGAAUCACAACAAAGCGCAUUCGGGGAUCACGUCUGCCACGACUGCUGGAGUACCAAGUCUGUUUCCAGCCCGAGUCUCAAGAGCGGCUGAGUAGCGUAGAGGCGGACUUCGAGAACGUGUUGAUCCUUGAUCCACAGACGGGGGAAUUUGACUGGCAAUCUGUCAUCCAGAAAACGUUUCCACACGCACAGAUCCAUCAGAGGGCCCUUGAGCCAGUCGACAUACCCUGGAAGUCGGCGGAAUGGGGCUUUGAAUUGGACCGCCGAGUACUUGUCAUCGUUCCGGCGUUCAUGUCUGGGUCACGCUGCCGGGAGCUUCAUAGUGCUGUGGACAUGGUUAUGAAAACGCUCCUGCGCGUCGCUUCGUGGCUUCAUGAGAACCAAGGCAUACCGACAAUUGUGAUUGUAACCAAAGGAGGCUGCAUGACGCCAAGCGAUUUGCAAUGCGACCCCCUUUCCUCGUCGGUCGAAGCUGCUGCGCGAGUCAUGGCGAACGAGCUGCCGCGAGUACGAAUCCGCUGUGUAGAUCUUGCCCUAUACCAGUCUGAACAGCACAUUACAUUACUUGAAGAAGAGCUACGCACGUUUCGUCUCGGCAACCAUGAGAGCGUGGUGGCUAUACGACCAGAAGGCCGGUUCUUCAGACGAAUCGUGGCCGUGGACACCGAAGAGGAGGAGAAACGGACGCAAAUUCUCCUCCCUGCAAGAGGAGGAAAGUAUUUCUCAGAACCCGAUCCCAACGGGUCCCUCGAUAAUAUCGUCUUGCGGCAGCAACCUCGGGAAAAUUUGGGUCCAGAUGAUGUUGGCAUUGAGGUACACGCAGCCGGGAUUAAUUUCAAGGAUAUCAUGAAUGGAUUGGGCCUGCUUAGCGAGCGAGCAAUCUCCGGUGGGCUAGCAGGUCAGAAGCUGGGUCUUGAGAUCGCGGGUCGAGUUAUGAUGACCGGAGAAAAUGUCCAAGACAUCGACAUCGGCACUUCAGUCAUGGCUCGAGUAUCGAACGGCCUUGGAGGAUUUGCAAUUGCUCACCGCAACCUACUCAUGCCCAUCCCGUCGUCUCUGGAAUUUUCUCAAGCCGCUUGCCUUCCGGCCGCCUUCAUCACAGCAUAUUAUGCACUGGCGUACCUUGGGAGAUUGGCGUCUGGAGAAAGCGUUCUCAUCCAUUCAGCAGCUGGCGGGGUUGGAAUGGCGGCAAUUCAAGUUGCUAAGCACAUAGGUGCCCGAGUGUAUGCUACAGCUGGAAGCCCUGCUCGUCGGGCCAGAGUGGCAGAGAUGGGAGUGGAAGCAGUAUUCGACUCACGGUCUGUCACAUUCCAUGAUCAAGUCAAAGCGGCAACGGGGGGUCAAGGUGUGGAUGUAGUACUGAAUUCCCUUACCGGGAUAAUGUUCUCCCAGUCGGUCGCAUGUCUCGCUCCGUUUGGCCGCUUCUUAGAGAUUGGGAAGACGGAUAUCUACAGGAACAUGAGGCUUGGCCUCGAGCAAUUUGGCCAGAAUAUUUCAUUUUUUGCCAUCGAUGUCGACAGAUUGGCUACACAGAAGCCCGAUCUACACCGUUGGGUCUUAAAUGAGGUUUGUGCGCUGUUCGAGAGUGGUAGGUUAGUACCGCUACCGAUCACCAAGUAUCCUAUCACAGAGCUCUCCACAGCCCUGAAGGCGCUUUCUCGGUCUGCUGUGAUCGGAAAGGUCGCUGUGGAAAUGCCAGAUAAUGCCCAAGUUCACGCAGCUCCACUAAGCCGCCUACAGUUGCGGGGGGGACCGAACGUAUCUAAUCACCGGCGGCGCAAGUGGGCUAGGCCUACACUUGGCCAAACUCCUGAUCGAGCGAGGAGCGCGACACAUUGUGCUCGUAAGCCGGUCAGGGCCAAAGUCUGCGGAGGAUCACGCAAUUCUUUUAGAUUUGCGGCGUCGCGGGGCCAAAGUGAGGGUUGA